CAUAAACCCUAACCAAAUCCAAAUCGAAAAACACUCCAAUUUCAAAUUUCGAACUUGGCGCUCUCAUUUUCUUCUUCUUAAGUCUCCGAUCAAAUCCUCACCGGAAAACCAAAAAUGGGUGGCGCUCACAGCCGCGACGGUUUACUCGAAAGUUCCGAUGAAGAAUACGAAGAAAAUGAAAACGAAGAAGCGAACUACGAAGAUGCAAACGAAGGAGAAGAUUCAGAGAAACGAGUGAAAACUCCGUCAUCGGUAGAUGAAGUUGAAGCCAAACUCAAAGCUCUUAAGCUCAAAUACGCUGUUAAAAAUCAAAACCCUAACGCCGUUAAGCUUUAUCUUCACAUCGGUGGUAAUUCCCCCAACGCAAAAUGGGUAAUUUCUGAGAAAUUUACUACUUACUCUUUUGUUAAAACUCGUUGUGUUGGUGGAAACAGCGAUGAUGAUGAAGAUGAAGAAGAAGAUGGCGAUGAUGAUGCUGAUGAGGGUUUUUGGGUUUUGAAAAUUGGUUCAAAAAUUAGGUCAAAAGUUGGUGGUGAAAUGCAAUUGAAAACCCUAGCGGAUCAGCGACGUGUGGAUUUUAUUGCGAAAGGUGUUUGGGCGAUGAAAUUCUUUACUGAACAGGAUUUUGACGCGUUUUUGGUGAAGUUUCAGAAUUGUACUUUUGAGAAUACGCAUGGGUAUGAAGCUACUGAUGAGAAUAAGCUUAAGGUUUAUGGUAAGGAUUUUCUUGGGUGGGCGAAACCGGAAGUCGCUGAUGAGUCUAUGUGGGAAGAUGCUGAUGAUAGCUUCUCGAAGAGUCCUGGUUCGGCCACGCCAGUGAGAGCGAGUCAGGAUUUGAGGGAGGAAUUUGAGGAAGCUGCAAAUGGUGGGAUUCAGAGCUUGGCGCUUGGUGCUCUGGAUAACAGUUUCUUGGUUGGUGAAAAUGGGAUUCAGGUUGUGAAGAAUUUUGCAACUGGGAUUCAUGGAAAAGGGGUUUUUGUUAACUUUGGUGGUGGUUCGUCCUCAACAUCGAAGUUGGUGGAUUGCACUCCCAAGAAAACGCUUCUCAUGAAAGCCGAGACCAGCAUGCUUCUGAUGAGUCCAUUGGGUGAAAACAAAUUUCAUUCAACAGGGCUUCACCAGUUUGAUAUUGAGACUGGUAAGGUUGUGACAGAAUGGAGAUUUGGUAAGGAUGGUACUGAGAUUACAAUGAAAGAUAUCACCAAUGAUAGUAAAGGGGCUCAAUUGGAUCCAUCGGGUUCAACUUUUCUUGGAUUGGAUGAUAAUAGGCUUUGUAGGUGGGAUAUGCGCGACCGUCAUGGAAUAGUUCAGGAUCUUGCUGACUCUAACUCCAACAUGAGUACACCUGUGUUGAAUUGGGCACAGGGUCAUCAGUUCUCCAGAGGGACAAACUUUCAGUGCUUUGCUACAACUGGUGAUGGUUCUGUUGUUGUUGGUUCUUUGGAUGGAAAGAUUCGGCUGUAUUCUAUCAACUCUAUGAGGCAGGCGAAAACCGCUUUUCCUGGACUUGGUUCACCUGUUACUAAUGUGGAUGUAACUUUUGAUGGAAAGUGGAUUGUGGGAACCACGGAUACUUACUUGGUUGUUAUCUGUACGGUGUUUACUGAUAAAGAUGGGAAAACUAAAAAUGGUUUUGCUGGUAGAAUGGGAAAUAAUAUUGCUGCACCAAGGUUGCUCAAGCUCAACCCUCUUGAUUCGCAUCUUGCUGGAGUCAAUAACAAAUUCCAAAAAGCUCAGUUUUCGUGGGUGACAGAGAACGGGAAACAGGAGCGACAUAUAGUGGCUACUGUGGGAAAGUUCAGCGUGAUAUGGAACUUUCAACAGGUCAAAGAUGGAUCUCAUGAUUGUUACCGCAGCCAACAGGGUCUAAAGAGCUGCUACUGCUACAAGAUAGUUCUCAGGGAUGACUCCAUCGUUGAAAGCCGGUUUAUGCAUGACAAGUUUGCAGUCACUGAUUCUCCUGAGGCUCCAUUGGUUAUAGCUACCCCAAUGAAAGUUAGCUCAUUCAGCAUGUCCAACAGGCGAUGAUAAUUCGUGGCACAACUAUCAAUUAAUUGUUAGCUAUUGUAGCUUAAUUAGUGACAUUUUCAGAUGUUUCAUUUUAAAACUUCUCAUUGUAUGUACUAUGUAGGAUGUUUAAGGUGUAGUUGUUGAUGGGGAACUCAAAUCAGCUACCUACGGUUGUCAAAUUGUACUAGUAUAUUUGGUUUUGUUGUAAGCUAACGCUUGUUGGUCCCAGAAUUCUACCUUUUAUAAAAAUUACGUUUUACUUUUCUGAA